UGAGUCAGUGGAUCAUGAACCUCAUGAUUGCAUUCAAGUAAUGGACUCAAUUUACUCCAGCCGUCCAGAUUUGCAGGAUGAACCGUUGAAAAACCCAGAUAUAGAAUAUUUUACGGACGGGAGCAGCUUUGUGAGGGAGGGGCAAAGGAGGGCUGGAUAUUCUGUGGUUACACUGACUGAUGUCAUUGAAGCACAGCCUCUGCCAGUUUCGUCCUCAGCGCAGAAGGCGGAGCUUGUGGCUUUAACCAGAGCCCUUCAGCUAGCAGCUGGCUGCAGUGUAAAUAUCUACACAGACUCAAAGUUUGCUUUUUUAACUCUACAUGCCCACGGAGCUUUGUGGAAAGAGAGGGGGCUCAUAGGGGCAGAAGGGAAAGCACUGAAAUAUGGCCCAGAAUUGGAAACGCUUUUGGAAGCUGUGUGGGCUCCGAGAAAGGUUGCAGUCAUACAUUGCCGAGGCCACAGCAAGGGAACCACAAAAGCAGCAAAGGGAAAUCAAUUGGCGGAUCUGGCUGCAAAACGGGCAGCUUUACUGCCACCGCCACCUGCCUCUAUAACAGCAUCUCUUCUUCCUACAGCAGUUGAUUUAGAGCAAAUAAAGCCCAUCUACACGGAGGCAGAACAGGAAUGGGCACAGCAGGAAGGGGGAUACAGAAUGCCACCACAGGAUGGUUGGUUUAUCCUCCCAGACCAACGAAUAUUUGUUCCAGAAGCCUUAGGCAGGAACAUAGUGAAACAAUAUCAUGAGUCCACUCACUAUGGGGCCACAGCAUUGCGAGAAAGCCUAAAUAGGCAAUUCUACAUAACAAGGAUUUCCCAGCUGGCAGAAGCAGUAUCACGUGCAUGCCUUCUGUGCGCAAAAAACAACCCCAAGCAAGGCCCAGUUCCUCCACCAGGAAUACAGCAAACAGGCUUAAUGCCAAUGGAGAAUUUAAUAGUGGAUUUUACAGAAAUGCCAAAGGCAAAGGGGUAUAAGGCUCUCUUGGUCUUCACAUGUUCUCUUACAGGUGGUGUCUCCAACGCAUUCCCAUCUGGCCUAUCCGAUACCAGUACAGUCCUUUUCGGCCAGGAGACCGAGUUUGGGUUCGAGAUUGGAAAACGAACCGCUGACAGCUCGGUGGAAAGGUCCCUACACGGUUCUGCUGGCCACACCAACUGCGGUGAAAGUUGCGGAAGUUACCCCGUGGAUUCAUCAUUCUCGUCUGAAGCGGUCGGAGGGUCAUUGGAACUGUGA